AUGGCCGUGAGCGGGGCGGCCGCCCCCGCCGAGCCGCUGCCCCGCAGCAUCUUCAAGAAGUUCCUGGUGAUGCUCUGCUCCCUCCUCAUGUCCCUCUACGUCUUUUACUGCCUGGCCGAUCGCUGCCAGACCCUGCCCGGACCCAUCAUCGCCGCCGGAGCCGCCUCGGAGGAGGAGGAGGGCGGCGGCGGCGGGUUCCUGGGGGGCUCGGCCGAAUUGCCCCCCUGGCCGGCGGCGGCGGCGCGAAGGAAGCGGCUCCUGCAGCGGCUGAAGCAGCGACGGCGGCGGCAGGAGGCGGCACCGGGCCGGGAGGUGCCGGCCGGGGGCGCCGGGAGCCGGGCCGGGGGCUCGGGCACGCCCGGCACCCUGACACUGCUGCUGGGCGAGGGCAGCAAGCGGCUGCCGCAGGCCAUCAUCAUCGGCGUGAAGAAAGGGGGGACGCGGGCGCUGCUGGAGUUCCUGCGGGUGCACCCGGACGUCCGCGCCGUCGGGGCCGAGCCCCACUUCUUCGACCGCAACUACGAGCGGGGACUCGCCUGGUACCGGGACCUGAUGCCCAGGACCCUGGAGGGGCAGAUCACCAUGGAGAAGACCCCCAGCUACUUUGUCACCAAGGAGGCCCCCGCCCGCAUCUCCGCCAUGUCCAAGGGCACGAAGCUGAUCGUGGUGGUGCGGGACCCCGUGACCAGAGCCAUCUCAGACUACACCCAGACGCUCUCCAAGAGGCCCGACAUCCCCACCUUUGAGAGCCUGACCUUCAAAAACAGGACUACGGGCCUGAUCGACACCUCGUGGAGCGCCAUCCAGAUCGGCAUCUACGCCAAGCACCUGGAGAACUGGCUCCUCCACUUCCCCAUCGGGCAGAUCCUCUUUGUCAGCGGGGAGAGGCUGAUCAGCGACCCCGCGGGGGAGCUGGGCAGGGUGCAGGACUUCCUGGGCCUCAAGAGGAUCAUCACCGACAAACACUUCUACUUCAACAAAACCAAGGGGUUCCCGUGCCUGAAGAAGGCAGAGGGCAGCAGCAAACCCCACUGCCUGGGGAAGACAAAAGGCAGGACCCACCCUGACAUAGACCAGGAGGUGGUGCAGAGGCUGCGGGACUUCUACCGGCCCUUCAACAUGAAGUUCUACCAGAUGACAGGGCAGGACUUCGGAUGGGACUGAGGCUGCAAAAAAAAA